AUGAAGAUCACUGCUGCCUUUGGCGUUGCGGUCCUAUCCAUGGCCCCCUCGGCCGCGGCCUGGAAGUUGCCUCACGCCCACAACAAGGCUGCUGUCAUCGCUACUCCUACCUCUGGUUUCCCAACCGGAACCCCAACUGGGACCCCAUCGGGCACCCCGUCUGGCACUCCAUCCGGGUCCGUAUCUCCAACUGCGACCCCCACCGGAACCCCAACUGGGACCCCAACCGGUGGCUGGCCUGGCUGGCCUACCGGCUGGCCCACCGGAUGGCCUGGAUGGCCCACUGGCUUCCCUAUCAUCCCCGGCCAUGAAGAUGACCACGUUCAUCAUUAUGAAGGGCGUGCUCAUGGCCCUGGCCACAGGGAACCCGGCCUCAGAGGAAACCACCGUUCCAAGUCCACCAGCUCCCCCACCGGAUCUCCUACCGGCACUCCCACCGGUACUCCUACCAGAUCCCCUACCAGAUCUCCCACCGGAUCCCCCACCGGCAGCCCUACCAGCACUCCUUAUGGACCCCCUUCGACUACCGGUGUCCCUCCUGGUUUCCCCCCUGGUUUCUCCGGCCAGAAAGGUGGCUUCAAGAUCAUGCCUAUCGCAGAAAAGGCCGAUGACGCUGCUAACCAACGGUACCUCUUCUUAGCCUGCGAGUGGAAGAGGCCCACAGCCCGAGAACUUCCCUCUCUCGAUGGACAUGACAUUUCCAAAGUUUCAGAUCAAACCCUGACCGAACUCUUCAGCACCGCACCGAUUCUUCAUUCCUACCAAGGAACACGUAUCGUGCGUCUAUCACAGACACUGGUCCUCAAAGGCGGGAUCAACACACGACCUUGCGAGGCUAGCAUCCUUGAGCUUAUUGCUAUGUCGGGAGAGGAGAAAAAAUCACAAAUACUCCCAGUCCCUAAGGUCCAUCGAGUUCUUAAUAUCGAAACGGAAGUCUUUUUCGGGUGCAGAUGUCUGAUAGUCAUGAAUUUUGUCGACGGCAGACCAGUCGAGGAAUGCUGGGAAGAUCUAAGUCAGACAGAACGCGUGGACGUUGUCUCCCAGGUUGCUUCGAUGAUUACCACUCUACACUCUAUUCCGCUAUCCCAGGAGCAAGAGAAGCAGCCUGGUCCAGUGGGCUGCAAAACCUGCUUGGCGCGUGGUUACUGGUUUCCUGACGCGGGCGCCGGCCCAUUUAGCUCGAAAGAGCAGCUAGAAACCUGGUUCAACCGCCGACUUGCCAUCACUCAGCACUUUAAUCAGGCACCCCACGAUGCUCCACCGUUUCAUUUUGACAGGCUGGUUCUCACACAUCACGAUAUUGCGCCCCGUAACUUAAUUCUGAGCCCUGAUGGCAAAGUUUGGCUGAUUGACUGGGGAGACUCUGGGAUAUAUCCAGAAGGAUUUGAGUUUGCGGCGCUUAAUGCACGGAGGGCUGCUGCGCCAGAGUUCACUGAUAUGCUAAUUGAAAUUAUUCCAAAGCAUGAAAAAUUGGCGAAGCAAUUGAGCCAGAUUUUGUAUGCUCUGACUACGGCGCAAUGGAUUGAUUAA